AUGGCCCGUUCCCUCGAAUCAUACGACGACAUCGCCAUCGCCGAACUCUCCUUCUACACGUUUGCCCUCUUUGGCGGCAUCUUCCUCUGCCUCAAGCAUGGCUUCGCCAAAAACGCCGGCUUCAGGGCCCUCGUCAUCCUCUCCCUCGCCCGCAUCAUCGGCGCCUCUCUCCGCCUCGCGACCAUCUCGUCCCCGAACAACAUCGACCUGUACAUUGGCUGGAUGACGCUCGAGGGCAUCGGCCUGGCGCCGCUCAUCAUGCUCUCUCUCGGCCUCCUUUCUCGCGUCUUUGUGUCGAUCCAGAGCAAAGGACGGAUCCUCAUCCGGCCGCAGCACCAGAAGUUCAUCGAGCUGCUCAUGCUGCUGGCCAUCAUCCUCCUCAUCGUGGGCGGCACCCAAUCCAACUUCACCGUCGUCGACGGCAAGCCCAAGGUGGAAUACUCCACAAUCAGCCACGCCGCGCUGGGCAUCCUCAUCGCCAUCACGGCCCUCCUCGCCUUUGCCAUCCUCCUCGCCGUGCUGAACCAGAGCCACGUGGGUGCGGGCGAGCACCGCAUCAUCUUCACCGUUGCCGUCUGCUUCCCGCUUAUCGUCGUCCGCCUCACGUACUCGUGCCUCAUCAUCUUUGGCGGCAUCACUUCCAGUGCCGCGCUCUACCUCGGCAUGUCCUCCCUCAUGGAGAUGAUUGUCACGCUCGUGUCGGAGGUCCUGGGGUUCAACUUGGACAAGGCGAUGCCGCAGCCGGUGCCCAGAAGCGACGAGGAGAUGCAAGCUUUCGGCAGUAAGUAG